CUGAUUGGUCCGUUGGGCCGUCCUGCCCUGAGGUGACGUCAGGGGCUGCUGGUGAGGUUGCCAAGUACAGAUUCCGCGUGAGAGCGCACUGAGUUGGAGGGACAGACGGACGGACACUGGACACGGCUGCUGGAUCGUACUGACUGUUACAUUUCAGUAUUGUUUCUGAUCGCAACAACAAGAAGAUGCCACUGGGUGACGAUUGCCAUGCCUGGAAAAAGAAGACCACAGAUGUGAAGGAUCAGUAUGACUUCAAAGAGAUCCUGGGAACGGGAGCUUUCUCUGAGGUGGUCCUGGCUGAGGAAAAGAGGACCCAGAAGUUGGUGGCUAUCAAGUGUAUCCCGAAGAAAGCAUUAGAGGGCAAGGAAAACAGUAUCGAGAAUGAGAUUGCAGUCCUGCACAAGAUUAAGCACGCCAACAUUGUAUCUCUGGAAGAGAUAUUUGAAAGUAAAUCACACCUCUACCUUGUCAUGCAACUGGUGUCAGGCGGGGAGCUCUUCGAUCGUAUCCUAGAAAAGGGUUUCUACACAGAGAGAGAUGCCAGUAAGCUCAUUCAGCAGAUUCUGGAUGCUGUCAAAUACCUUCACGAUAUGGGCAUCGUGCACCGUGACCUUAAGCCAGAGAAUCUGCUGUACUACAGCAUGGAUGAAGACUCCAAGAUCAUGAUCAGUGACUUUGGUCUGUCUAAAAUUGAGGGCUCUGGCAGCGUGAUGUCAACGGCGUGUGGAACACCUGGAUAUGUUGCCCCUGAAGUGUUGGCUCAGAAACCCUACAGUAAAGCAGUGGACUGCUGGUCUAUCGGCGUCAUAGCCUAUAUUCUGUUGUGUGGUUACCCUCCGUUCUAUGACGAGAAUGAUGCCAAACUAUUUGAACAGAUCCUGAAGGCAGAAUACGAGUUUGAUUCUCCUUACUGGGAUGAUAUCUCUGAUUCAGCUAAAGACUUCAUAGUCCACCUGAUGGAGAAAGACCCCAACAUACGUUACACCUGUGACCAGGCUCUGCAGCACCCCUGGAUUGCUGGAGAUACUGCUCUGGACAAGAACAUCCACGAGUCUGUCAGUGCACAGAUCAAGAAGAAUUUUGCUAAGAGCAAGUGGAAGCAAGCAUUUAACGCCACAGCAGUGGUCCGACACAUGAGACGUCUCCAGCUGGGCACCAGUUCCGAGGGACCCAACGCCACCGUGCCCAGCCCGUGCCGAACUCACCUGCUGGAAGAUGGAGAAGCUUGUUGUGAGGGAGGGUGCUCCCAGGACGUCGACGGCGGAGCUGACCCUCUGUCCAACUGCACCUACCGCUGCCACCCGACCAGCAGGGUGUGAUUCCUGUGCCUGCUCCACUUACCUGUCUAAUCAAUCCCAGUGACUUUCCAAUUUUAACCCCCUCGGUGGAACCAGAGGCACCAUCUCCCCCUUUAUCUGGUUAGGAAUACAGCGUCAUUCCAACCUCUCACCUGCAGGGGGAGCAAGCCUGUCCAGCCUGAGAAGGAAGACAUAAAAUGGAUGAAAGGAGGAGGGAGACUUGAUGAUAAAGAUAAUGAUGCACCAGAGAGGAUCACUUUUACAGACUGGGUUGGUAGUUUGGGAUGAGAUAAAAUGGGAAGAUGAUACAGAGGAAGGAGGGGAAGAUAGCCUCCUCCACCAGCAUGUCAGGGGGAUUGUUUUUACCGAAGCAGGACAGAGCUUGUUGGACACUGUUUUAACUCAUGAUUCAACCUGUCUUUGUUUGUUUUAUUGUUUUAUAUAUUUUGUGUUGUCUUUUUAACCUCCUGCCAUUAGACUUUGGAGCGUACAUCCAUAAACAAUAUCUGCAUGAUCAGGAGAGAAUCCCCCCCCCUCAUGCAUGUUUUGUUAUCUUAGAAAUAUACCCUGUUACAGACAUGCAGUAUGAUGCAAAUGAUUGAGUGUUGUGUGCAAAAUUUUAAUGGUGGAAAGGCAUAGAGCAUUUUGAUAUGUUGCCGUAUUUUAAAUGAAAUUGAGUCAAACUUUGUAAUUUUAAAGAUCUGCAUUCUGCGUGCUUUUAGACAAUCAGUAACACAAUAGUUUAUGCAAUGAAAACUCUCAUCUAUGUAGCCUUUCUUGUGGCGAUAUAGUGUUUCCAUGCAGUGAUUAGGUUUUUUGAGAGGAAAAAAAAAAAACUUCCCUCCCGCCCUUUUAUUUUUUACCCCAAACUUCCUUAACCUCUCAAGCACAGGGAUAUAUCUUUCGUCUAUGGUGCCUUUAGGAUAUACAGUAUGAUGGGUUUAUUUUUGGGUAGCUUCUUUUUGCAGCACACUUGCUGUAAAUUCAUAUUUUGUAUGUAUCACAUCAGCUUUAAAAUGCAGUUUUAUGCUUUUUGUGUCAAAUUUAAGUACUGUAAUCUCAGAUGGAAAGGCCUGCACACAUACUGCCAUUAUGGUCAGGUGUAUUUUGUGAAACACUGAAUCAUCAAUAUGACAAGAUGAAAUGAGUAAAACUACAAUAAUGUGGGCUUUACCAAGAGCCUCAUCUAUUUAAAAAAAUCUUUCAAAUAAAUGUUUUUCAGAAGUAUCUUAUAGUAUUUUGCCACAUCCCCUCAAUGAAACCUAUUAAUGAACUAUGUUGAUGUAUUUCAAUACACAGCGUACAGUACAUUUUUGCAAACAAAUGUGUAUUUGCAAACCUGAAAAGGGAUUGAUCAGAGUGCUUAGCCAUCCUCAAGACUAGGCUGACUUAGUGGGAUUAAAUAGGUUGUGUAAAUGCAAAAAAAAAAAAACCUGCAACCAAAUUUUGAUAUGCAUCUGUCACCAUGUACUGUAUCCGUACUGUAUCAUACUGUCCUUUUCUUUUUACAUUCUUACAGGCAUAUUUCCACCACAUGCAGUGUUCACAAAGAACCUGGAUUAAAGAAUGUGAAUAUGCAUCA